CGUCUCUGCAGCACCUGUGCGUGUGUGACUGAAGGAAGAUGGCGGAAUCUGGAGGUAGGGAGUUCGCCUCGGAGCGACCGCAGAACAGCAUGGCUAACAAGAACAGCACUCUGCGCUGCACAUUCUCUGCCCCUGGCCACAGCACCACACUCCUGCAGGGUCUCUCUGCGCUACGAGCACAGGGGCAACUCCUUGACGUCGUCCUCACCAUCAAUGAGGAGCAGUUCCUGGUCCACAAAGCCGUCCUCGCCUCCUGCAGUGACUAUUUCAGAGCCAUGUUUACUGGGGGGAUGCGAGAGUCUAAUCAAGACGCUGUUGAGCUGAAAGGUGUGUCAGCAAGAGGACUGAAGCACAUCGUUGAUUUUGCAUACAGCGCUGAAGUGACGUUGGACCUGGAUUGCAUCCAGGAUGUGCUGGGGGCAGCCGUGUUCCUGCAGAUGCUGCCAGUUGUUGAGCUCUGCGAGGAGUUCCUCAAAUCGGCUAUGAGCGUGGAGACCUGUUUAAACAUCGGACAAAUGGCUACCACCUUCAGCCUUUCUUCUCUGAAGGAGUCUGUGGACGCCUUCACUUUCCGGCAUUUCCUCCAGAUUGCUGAGGAGGACGACUUCCUUCACAUUCCACUGGAGAGGCUGGUCUUUUUCCUUCAAAGCAACAAACUGAAAAACUGCAACGAGAUCAACCUUUUCCAUGCUGCAAUCCGCUGGCUACAGCACGAGGAAUCCAGGCGCGCGAGUGCCAGCCAGGUCCUGUGUCACAUCCGCUUUCCGCUAAUGAAAUCCUCAGAGCUGGUGGACAGUGUCCAGACCGUUGAUAUCAUGGUGGAAGACGUCUUAUGCAGACAGUACCUCUUAGAGGCCUUUAACUACCAGAUCCUGCCUUUCCGCCAGCACGAGAUGCAGUCGCCUCGGACGAAAAUCCGAUCGGAUGUUGUGUCUCUCAUUACAUUCGGUGGCACCCCUUACACAGACAAUGACCGGACUGUAAGCAGCAAAGUCUACUAUCUCCCCGACAUCGGUGCCAGGCAGUUUAAAGAGCUGACUGAAAUGGAGACUUGCUGCAGCCACGCCUGCGUUUCCAUUCUGGAUAAUUCCGUCUACGUUGUCGGAGGGCAGCAAUUGCAGUACCGUAGCGGGGAAGGUGCGGUGGACAUUUGUUACCGCUACGAUCCUCACUUGAACCGAUGGCUCCGGAUACAGUCGAUGCAGGAAAGCAGAAUACAGUUCCAGCUGAACAUCUUGCAAGGCCAGCUUUAUGCCACAGGAGGGCGUAAUCGGUCUGGAAGCUUAUCCUCGGUGGAAUGCUACUGCCCCAAAAAGAACGAGUGGACAUACGUUGAUUCUUUAAAGCGCAGGAUUUGGGGUCACGCUGGCGCCCCCUGUGGGGGAAAGCUGUAUAUUUCCGGUGGAUACGGCGUCUCUGUAGAAGAUAAAAAGACUCUUCAUUGCUACGACCCUGCGGUGAACCAGUGGGAGUUUAAAGCCCCGAUGAAUGAACCGAGAGUACUGCACGCAAUGGUUGAGACCAGUGGCCGGAUCUAUGCACUGGGAGGCAGGAUGGAUCAUGUUGACCGCUGCUUCGAUGUCUUAGCUGUGGAAUAUUACAUUCCCGACACGGAUCAGUGGACUACUGUAAGCCCUAUGCGAGCUGGCCAGUCGGAGGCUGGAUGCUGCUUGUUGGAUAAGAAGAUAUACAUUGUUGGGGGCUAUAACUGGCAUUUAAAUAACGUGACGAGCAUUGUACAAGUUUAUAAUAGUGAGACUGAUGAAUGGGAACGAGACUUGCAUUUCCCUGAAUCCUUUGCCGGAAUAGCAUGUGUGCCAGUUAUACUCCCACAGAUAACCACUCAGCGAUAACCAUGCCGCAGAAACCAGUGAAAUAAUAGCAUGCUAUUUGUUGAUAUAAUAAAUGCAGAGAAUGUAUAAACUUAGUAAAGACGCAUUUUGAUGGAACCUGUUGAUUUUGAACAUUUUUAGAGGAUUUUUGAUAGUGUUUUAAAUUAAUCAGUGUAUGUAUAUAUUAUAUAGUCUUAGAAAAUGUAAUUUUUUUAUAAUUAAAUAUAAUGGAGUAUAGGUAUUGUGAAAGAGAUUAUAUUGAUUUAACUGCUCUCCUUCAAGGUAGAUACUUAGAUUGCAAUUUAUUUUUUACUUUCCUUAGCUUUUUAUAUUUGCUGUCGAUCUGAGUUUUUUUUUUUUUUUCAUAUGACUGGGGUGCUUGAACUGUUUUGAAAAUCAAUCGCCAUUUUAUUUUACCAAUUAAGUCAGCCGAGUUCAAAUUCAGAUUUUCAAUUACUUACACAGCUGCAAUGCAAAAAUUACAAGCAAAGCUAAACCGAUAAACUGCUUCCAACAAUACAAACUAAUAUCACAAAGUACUGUAUAGUAUACAACCGGUGGUAGUGAAGUACAGACUCCGCACACCAGAUAUCCACCAGCAAUGAGUCAAUAUUUUGAGUGAAGAGAUCAACAGAUAGUUCAAUUCAACUUUUUUUGAAGGGUAUUACAAACAUCAGCAGACAAGAAUCUGAAAGAGUGUCUGCCAAAAGCAGUUGGGAACAGUUCAUUUCAUGAAUGUAUUAGAUCCCAAUUGAUGAUGAGAGAAAAGCCAUUAAAUUCCGAAGGUACCCAGGUGUGUUCUGCCAGCUAAUGAACAUGUACCAGGUUUGAUUAACAUGCCUUGUAGUAGGGGAGGGGCAAUUCAAAAAGACUGUAUAAAAAGUACUGCAGGGUGCAUUACUGGAUAAUUGCAGUGUGUGUAAAACAAAACUUAGCGAAGUUGCUGGAAUGUUUCUUGCACUUCCUCGUUCUGGCCAUUCUGUCACUUGACCCCAUAAGCCUAAACAAUCACAUUGUGUCAUAUAUUGCAUUGUAUAAAGAGUGUUCUGAAAAUGUGUCUAAUUAUUACUCAGAUAAGCCCAUAGUAAAAAUUGCAGAGGCUCAGUAGUGGAGCAAUGGCAAUUAGGACUACUCAAAAUGAUUGCAUCGUACAGUAUUUUGCAGGUAGGCUUGUGCUUGCGUGAUUUUGACCGGGUUUUUCACAGUAUACAGGAGAACCCACCUUCUGUCUUCAACUCUCAGGGCAAUAGUUUCUACUAUGCACCUCGACUCGGUAUUUGAAUAUUAUGGGGUUAUUGGACAGCCAGUGUCUGUGCUGGCAAAAUAUCGGCACAAGUAGAAGGCCUAUAACUAUUAUAUACAGCUUUAUUAUUAAUAUACACGUUAAAAAUCCAGCUGUGUUUGUUUUCUAAGCAGUACCAACCUUUAUUUAGUCCACUGCAAUUGCAUUGAAAAGGUUGAUGAAGAGAAUACCGCUAAGAAGCACUGUCUUGAUGGCUUUGCACUUGAAUGGAAUUCCUAGAGGUGCCUCGGGUAUAAUGUUUAUUUUUAAAGCAGUCAGCUGUGCUGAUAGAAAGCACAGCAUGGUAAAACCUGAAAGUGGCAAGGGUGGUGUUUAUGUUUAAAAAUAAAAAGCAUAACUUUAUUUCGUGUUGAAAUUCUACGGUUUCUACGAUUGUUCAUUUGAAUGCUAUUUUGUGAUGUCUGUGCUUUGAAAAAGACUGCUUAGUUGUUCACAAUGUAUUCACAAUUGGUCUUGGUGGUUCUGUUUCAAUAUAGUUUUUUAAAAUCUUUUUUUUUUUUUUUUUUUUUUCUGUAAUCUGACUUUACAAUGCCAGUGCUGAACAGGCUUCCUUAUUCCAUUUAAAUCACAUGGUAAUGUGUCCUUUCAUCAGUGACACAAAAAUGAUAACUCAGUAUUGGAGGAGCAACAGAACCGCUCAGAUUCAUUGCAAACAACAUACAAUAGUAAGGGUAAUGAAAAAGGCAUUCAGAAUUACAUUUGAAACUACUUACUGUUAGCAGUAUAAGAAAAACAUUGUAGUCAACUCCAUAAGCAUUACAUACUUUGAAUUAAGUACAGCAGGAUAAUAGUUCAAAGCAUUUUGAAAUUAAAUUAAGUACAAUUUUAAUAUAUUUUUCCAUUGCAGGUAAAGCUUUAUAAAUCUUUUUUUCUCUCUUUUUCAAUAAAUGACUUCAUAUUUAAGUGAAGAAGACUUUAAAUACAUAUUGAGGGCAUAAAAUGACUACCUUUACACUAGACAGAAGUGUGUGUAAACCAAACACUUAGGCUAACAUCUGACAUGCAUACUUUAGUAAAUGCUUAACAUUUAAGUUAGCUUUUCAGAUCUUAACAGCACUUCUCUAAAAUACAACUGCAUCAAGUGUUCUUUUGUUUUGCUGGCAAUACACAGCAUUGUGCUAGAUGGCGCUAGUGCUUUCUAAUAUAGGCAAUGGCUGAUGUAACCUUCACUAUAUACAGUGCGGUGAAAAAGUAUUUGCCCCCUGUAUGACUUUCUGCAUAUUUGCAUAUUUUUGACACUGAAUGUUAUUAGAUCUUC